UCGGUGGUCACGUGAUGUUUGUCAGCUGUUGAAGCAGUUUGACAUCCCAUCGUGUCACGAAAUUUGAUCUUCCCAGUGGUAAAGCGUAAACAAAGGAUUGUGCAGAAAUUUCGUAAGAAAGAAAUCAUCAGAAAUUAUAGAUUUAUACAUCAAUUAACACUUGGAUUAUAAAAAGAAAAUACAAAUAGAUGAAAUGAUUGGGGCAUUGGGGAGUCUUGUAUCCUGGAGCAGCGUCUCGGGAUCUGCGGACGAUGAUUGGAUAGAUAGAGUGAACCACAUAUGGACAGUUCUAUUAUUAGCACUCUUUGCAGUUGUAGUCACUUCCGGCCAAUAUAUAUUAGGCGAUGCUAUACAGUGUUGGACGCCUGCAGAAUUCACAGGACAAUUUAAUUCCUACGCCAAAUCUAUAUGCUGGAUUUCAAACACAUAUUACAUUCCCCAAGGUGAUGUUAUUCCAGAAAACAUCGCCACGAGACAGGAAGCGGAAAUAACUUACUACCAGUGGGUACCGAUAAUUCUUUUGUUUCAAGCGUUGAUGUUCAAAAUACCAAAUAUAGCAUGGAGAUUGUUAAAUGGAUAUUCCGGCAUAAAUAUGGACAAAAUUUGCAUUUUGUCAGAGUCUACUCUUAUGUCGGCACCUGACGACAGACUGAAAAAUAUAUCGCACAUUGCAAAAUAUAUGCAUCGAUGGAUUGAAAGCCAAAGAGAUUUCCAUGACAACGCCCUCGUGCGUAUGCGUCGGCGUGUUUCAAGCGUCAUAAUUUUCUGUUUAGGAAAACGAGAUGGCACAUUUUUAACUGGAUAUUACAUUUUUAUAAAGUUUUUAUAUGCAGCAAAUGUAGUUGGGCAGUUCUUUCUUCUAAAUGCUUUUAUGGCAACUGACUACAAUGUGUUCGGAUUCGAAGUAAUGAGCUACCUGUUUACAAAUGGAGAAUGGACUCCAUCACCGCGUUUUCCUCGCGUGACUUUGUGUGAUUUCGUCAUCCGACAGUUGAGUAAUCACCAUCGCUACACAGUUCAAUGCGUUCUGCCGUUAAACCUUUUCAACGAGAAAAUUUUCAUUUUUCUAUGGUUCUGGUUAUUUCUUAUGGCUUUCCUUACUUUCUUUAAUUUCGCUUCCUGGCUAUAUUAUACUUUAUUCAAAGAAAACAGAACUCGCUAUGUGAAAAAAUACUUAAACCUUUGCAACGAGAUUUCAACGGGAUUUGACAAAAAGUUAGCUAGAAAGUUUGCUGACGAUUAUUUAAGAAAUGAUGGUAUUUUUGUUUUGCGUGUGAUAGAAAAAAAUAGUUCCGGAAUGGUGCUCUGUGAUCUUGUAAUAAGUUUAUGGAAAUUGUUCAAAGAGGAAUAUGGAACUGCAAAGAAACCGGAAGUGAUAGAUACUGAACCCGUAAAAAAUGGAAAGAUAAACAACGACGGUUAUAUAUCUAAGACCCCGUAUGACGUAUCAUAAGACAUUGAGAACAGACGCCGACAUUUUUAGUGAACUUGCCAUCUUUAAGAUUGUUCGUGAAAUAAUAAGAACUCCGUUGUAGAUGUAAAAUAUACUUUCGAUAAAAAUUGCUGACAUUUAAUGAAUUAGAUUAUGCGUGGCAUUAGGAACUCCGUUGUAGAAACAGAAAAAAAUACUAAACGAUGAACGUUGCAGGUGCUUUAAUUAUAAGUUAAAAAGAACUUUCCAGUAGAAUUUAAUAGUACUGUAUGCUGAAUUAGGUGACCCGUAGAAAAAUAGUUCAAGAACAUGUCGGUUAUUGACCAUUGAAACAGACACUUGUUCCAUUUUUCACGUAAACUACUUAACCUUAAUUGUAACCUAUGUUUAUGUGUCAUAGACUCAGUACUGAGAAAAGUCUUAUUAGUCGAAAUGUUCGUUUAGUGAAAAAGUAGUAUUACCUGAUUACUGGCAACAAUAGAGAGGCGAAGAUUUUUAUUUUUAUUCAGUGGCGGAUCCAGGAAUUUUCAUAAGUGGGGACCCACUGACUGACCUAAGAGGGGGCCCGCUCCAGUCACGCUUCAGUGAUUCCCUAUAUAAGCACUCAAAUGUUCAAAUGCCCCCCUGCCCCCCCCCCCCCCCCCUAAAUCCGCCUCUGUUAUUUGACUGAUUAUCAGGAUUCUACAUUUUGUUAAACCUUUUUUUAGAUAAUUUUAAGGAAGCGAUCUCAAUUUUUAAAAUGACUGCCAUUUUGUUCACUGACAUCAUGUUUUUACUGUUUAACAUAGAAUAUUAACCCAUUGAUGCGUUCAGGGACCACAACAUCAUGUUAUAUAUAUUAGCCAUUGAAAUUUUGGCGGGAAAAUAAUUUUUGUCUAGACUUUUUAUAGCUUUAUCAUUGACAAGGUUAAAGCUUUCAAAAAACUUUCUCAAACAAUUAUAACACGUUAACAGAUGGCUUAACAUUUUCAUGUACACUGAUGUAAAUGAUUUAUAAAAAGAAAAAUGGUGGUUAAUGGGCAAUUUUUUAAGAAAUUCAAAUGGAUAAAAACAGAGUAUUCCGAAAAUCUGACAAAAAUCCAAAACAUGACAAGCGAACUUCCGACAUCAAACACGUUACUUAACGAAUUUGUUUUGCAUUUAAGAAUUCAAUGAAUUUGUUAGUAUUGAAAAUUAACAUGAUUUUAAAAAUACGAUUUAUUUUUCAUUUUCUAAAAAAAUGUGUUGGCUUCAUUUUGUAAGUCAAUAUUAUUAAGAUUAUGAAUGUAAAAUUUGCCACUGGUCAUUAAAAAAACAACAAGCAAAUAUUUCAAUAUAUCUUUAACUAUACAAUGUUCUAACAUGAAAAGCUAGCAAAAAGUCCCAUUUAAGUGGCGGAUCCAGAAAUUUUCAUAAGUGGGACCCACUGAUUGACCUAAGAUUGGGCCCGCUCCAGUCACGCUUCAGUGAUUCCCUAUAUAAGCAACCAUUUUUUUUCCAAAAAAGGGGGGCCGGGCCCCCUGCACCCCCCUCCCCCCCUAAAUCCGCCUCUGCAUUUAAAUGCAUUAUAAUUCUUAUUGGGAUAAUGUGUGUUUUUAAAGUACUCUAUGGGCGUUUCUAUCCUAGUGUGGUAUUAACUUUUAAAAAGGGGAAAAGAAACUAUUGUUGAGGUUUUAAAUAAAAAUAGCUUUUUGCAUAAAAUUCAUUUUUGUCUGAUGAUAUAAGGUCUAACACUUUUAAGAUUUUAUUAAUUCUAACAUGUGCCAUGCGUUUUCUCAUAUAAUUACACAGUCCUGUAUAAUAAUAUUCAUUCCACUUCACACACAUUUUGCACAUGCAUAAUUCAAUAGGGUUCAAAGUUAUUUUCUGGCAUUUUGUUCAUAUUCAUUUGAUGUCAUGACGAAACGACUAUUUUUAUAUUAUGUUUUAUAUGUAUAAUAAUAAUUUGUUUAUGUUUAUAUAUUGUUUAGUAUGUAUAUAUAUUUAGAAAUAAUUCAAGAUGACCAAUCGUUUAUUUUUAUAACAAAGUUUAGCUGGAAAGGGACCAAUAUUUUUAUACUUUUACAAUGUGUAUUUCAUGUACAUUUAAGUGUAAUUCUUGUAUAUCAAUGUGUAUUAUUUUUGCAAUUUGGUUAAAAAAAAUUGACAUUUAUUUAUGCUUUUGAAAUUUUAAUGAGUAGUAAUGUUCGUUUACCAUUCUCCAUAGUACAUGUUAUAGUCGUAAACAACACCCAGCAGGUAUCCCUUUCAAAAAGAGGGUUCCGGAAUCCGCGGAGAGUUCCGAAUACCGUGGAACAAUUCGUUGGAUUGAGGCUGCUAAACGGCGGGUACAUAAUGUACACGCUGGAUCCGAUUAUCAUUGACCAUAAACCUCCGCGUGAAUCGAUUUCAGACUGAAAGUACGAAUUGCGCCAAAAUGUGCAAUUUCUCCAACAUGAUGAAUGGUUAUAAAAGUUGAACCAAUGUCGGUAAAGUUUAUUUUAACCUUUACGAUUAAUGUGGCAUAAUAAUAUGGAAACGUACUUAUCUUUUAUAUCGUGUUUAUAUUUGUUUUAUUUUUUAUGUGUAUUUAAUUGUUUUCCAGCUCAAAUGGAUAGUGGGCAUUGUGUUAUAUAUUUACAACAUUGUACAAGUACCUUCCAUAAUUGUUACAUGUCGUUCUUCUCUUUUGUUUUAAAUGAUAAUAUACCAGAUUUUCUAUAUAUAUGUUGAAUUAUUUACUCAUACCGUGUACAGAGUUUAGCACUAUCAUAGUGUUGGGUGGAGAAUUGACCACUUCCAUCGUGUAGAUAUUUAUUUGACCCCUGUCGUCUAGUAAAGACUUGACCACUGUAAUCGUGAAGAGAGUUGAACACUGUCAUGGUGUAGAUACAUGUAAUUGCCCACUGUCGUCGUGUAAAGAGAUGAGCACUGUCAUUGUGUAGAUAAUUGACCACUGUACAUGAUGUGGACAGUUGAGCACUGCCAUCGUGUAGAGUAGAGAGUUGACCAUUGCCACAAUUUUGUUCAUGAUGUAGAGAGUUGACCACUGUCGUCGUGUAAAGAGUUGACCACUUCAAGCGUGUGGAGAGUUGACCCCUGUCAUUUAGUAAAGAGUUGACCACUGUAAUCGUGUAGAGAGUUGACCAUUGCCACAAUAUUGUUCAUGAUGUAGAAGGUUGACCACGCGUCGUGUAAAGAGUUGACCACUUCAAACGUGUGGAGAGUUAACCAUUGCCAUCGUGUAAAGAGUUGACCACUGUCAUCGUGUAAAGAGUUGACCACUGUCAUCGUGUAGAUAAUUGACCAAUUUCGCCGUGUAAAGUGUUGACCAUUAUAAUAGUGUAGAGAGUUGAUUACUGCCAGCGUGUAGAGAAUUGGUGACUGCCGUGGUUUAAAGAGUUUGACCACUGCUACCAUGUAGAGAGUUGACCACUGUAAUCUUGUAGGGAGUUGAUUACUACAAUAGUGUAGAGGGUUGAGCACUGCCAUCAUUUAGAGAAUUGACCACUGUCAUCGUGUCAGUAGAGAGUUGACCGCAGCCAUCGUAUAAUCAUAAGGAGCAAAUAAUUGAUCAUUUCAUCUCUUUUCAAAACUGUACUUAUACAGGAUUCUGAUACUUUAAUUGUCUUUAUAACCUAUAAAUAUGAACUAUUCUUUUUAUAACCAGAAUUUAUCCUAAAUUGUUCAGAUGGUAAAUUUCAUAUACCUCUUUGAUUUAGCCUAUAUCCUGUAUAUGAUCCUUUUCAACUUUAAACACUUGUUAAAAAUCGAUCAGUCCAUCAAUCAACCAAGACAUCAAUCAUGAACCAAUCAAUCAACCAAGUAAUCGAUAAUGAACCAAUCAAUCAACCAAGUAAUCGAUAAUGAACCAAUCAAUCAAACAAGUAAUCGAUAAUGAACCAAUCAAUCAAACAAGUAAUCGUUAUUUUAAUUACAUGUUCUCGACUGCUACAUUGCAGUUUUAAUUUUUACGAUACAAAUGUUCAUUAUAAUUCAAUUGACUCAGGUUUUAUUUCUGUGUGGCAUUUAACAUGUGAGACCAAAAAUGUUACUGGUUGUAUACCUGCAGUCAUUGUCUAUUAUUUGUCUUUUUUUCGAUAAAUUUCACAUACAAGCCUGUUUAGAUGUGAAUUUAUUGUUUUGUUUUAAACAUUUAAUUUCAAUUUUGUUAUGUAAUAAGAAUCAAUUGUUUUCCAUACAACCGGGAUACAUACUCUUCAGAAUGCAUUGUUAUAAUUGAAGCCUGAACCCAUUAGUUUUUGGAACAUAGUAAAAAAAGAUGUUUUUUCUGCCAUUUUUUUUUUAAAUAUUUGUGCCAAAAAUUCAUUACUUAUACAUGUAGAUCAUUCAUUCAAUAUAGCUUCAGAUAAUCAUCCAAGAUGGGAAUAUAUUUUUAUUGAUUUGUAUUAUUUUUUAUAAUUAAGGGUCUUUGCUACUCUUGUUCAUGUUGUUUUUGAAUUUUUAUCAGAUAUACAGAAUCCUGUAAUUAGUGUUAGUUCUAUUAAAUUUUUAAAAUAUUAACUUUAAUUUUUUCAUUUUUUGAAAGAAACAAGGUAAAUGUUAAAUGUAUGAAAAAUCUUAGAGAUUCAUUCAUUACCAAUUUUUUAAUGGCUUAUACCUCAAAUUUCGGAUGACGAACCUUUUCAUUUGCAUGUUUUUUUCCCUUUAAUACCAAUUAUAUACGUUUUUUGAAAUCCUUGAUUUUUUAAAUCCGAGUAGCAAGCAUCCGUAAGACAUUGUUAUGAUUUUGUUAUGCAAUACAUUACUGUCUUGUUAGAAACGUAGUUAAUUAUAUUCACGUAGCUCAAUUUUCUUUUAAAGAUGUAAAUAAAAUUUAUUGACAAA